CCCGGAAGGAUUACUCCGCAGUACAUGCUAGGCGCUGCUAGCGGAAGAAAAACAGAAGCCUUUUGAACAUGGCAGAGACUCACAGCUUGCAGGACAUGAGGCAGCAGGCGGCCAUUGCUGCCAAAGUCUUCAUCCAGAGGGAUUAUACCAACGGCACCGUUUGCCAGUUCCAAACCAAGUUUCCCUCCGAGCUGGAGACCAGGAUUGACAAACAGCAGUUUGAGGAGACAGUACGGACUCUGAAUAACCUGUACGCUGAGGCUGAGAAGCUGGGCAGCCAGUCUUACCUGGAGGGUUGUCUGGCUUGCCUCACGGCGUACACCAUCUUCCUGUGCAUGGAGACUCACUAUGAGAAGGUUUUGAAGAAGAUUGCAAAGUACAUCCAGGAGCAGAACGACAAGAUCUACGCCCCACGAGGCCUCCUGCUCACCGAUCCCAUAGAGAGAGGCCUGCGAGUCAUCGAAAUCACCAUCUUUGAAGACAGGAGCCUGGGUAGAUAAAAGCCGCCAUGCGCCAGGGCAAGAAUACUGCUGUUUGCCUUUUAAAAGCCCACAUCCAUGGAAGCCUCCUUCUCCUAUCCCCUUUUGGCCCCCAUCGUGGCUGAAGGCCUGGUUCGUCUCCGAGGGGCUUUGCAUUUGUCUGGGAGGCUCCCAGGUGAGCGGCUGAACAGUAUGAUGGAUCAGCCUCUAGUGAGAUGACUUCAGACGGCACUGCAGGAAAAACAGACCUGGCCUUGCACAGCUCCCGGCUGCUGAGAAGUCAUUUAGAAGCAGAUGGUGCCAAGUCGGUGUCCUGGCUUCUCUUCCAAAAGACUUUCUGCCCCCUAUAAGGCGCCGUUUGGCUCCGAGAACCAGCUCACCGCCUGGCCACAGCAGGCCAACAAACCUGUAAAUUAGGCUAGACAUACGACAGUAUUCUCUGUCAGUGGGGGUUGUUGGAGAAGGUAUAUGAAGAAAUCCGUUCAUCAUUUGUUCUGUGAGUUUCUUUUCAAUGUCUGACGUUAGCUUUUAGCUCACCUGUGAAGAGCAUAUUUUAUUUGCCAAAAUAAUUAAUACAACUUUUUCCCAGAAACAUGUUUCCCAAUAUUUUUAUUUUCAAUUAUAUAUUUCAUGUUUAGAAACAAAAAUAUUCAAAAAUAUGAGCAGAUUUCACACCAUGUUCACUCACUUAUUCAGUGUUGUUUUUCCAUUUUCUUUUUUUUUUCACAGUCUUCAUUGCCUUUAUAAGUUUGGUCAGUCAGCCAUUGGUUAACUAUCCAGGUUCUACAUUGUGUGGAGCAGCACAAUAAGCAGCCAAUCAGCAGCCUGUUUAGAGAUAUUGUUUUCCAUGAAGGAGCAUCUCUUCUCAUUGUUUGAGAUUAAUGGGUUUUGUACAAGGUCCCUGAUAAAAAUGGAUUAAAUAAAUUGAACUGAACUUUGAUUUUGCUUUUUGAUUUUGAAGUUUGAAAACAGGCCAAGGCAGAAGUCUGUAUAUAUUUGAGGUGUCCAACUGGCCUUGUCUCUACUGUCUCUACUGGCCCGUGUGGUGGGUGACCAUUACUGAUGUUUCUGUCAGUGAUAACUUUGACCACCAGCACCUGGAGUUUGGCUGGUGCUUUGUAAUGCAUGCAACUGGAUUAGUUAUGUAAGCCAGGCCGGCUGCCUGCCUCAUGAAAAUGAGUUUUCAUCAGUAGAACUGUUCUUGAGUUUUGAGAACACCUUGAAACCCAAGCA